AUGGACAAGGAAAGGGUAUUCAUGAUCGUUUGUGCCGUUGCUGGGGUCUCGGCCCUGGUCAUCUUCCAGCACUUCAAUACCGUCAAGGCCCAGGGAAGAGACAAGUCCCCUUCAGGGGUCCUCCCUGCGCCCUCACGCCCACGUCAUAGCACGCUUAGUGGGGCUCACUCACAGAGCCGUGCUCGCUCGCAGAACGCACCCAACGCGACCCCAAGGCGGCUUCACAACAGCCACCAUCGUGGUCGGGCCCAUCCACCCCCCCAGACGCAGCCCACGACGAGGACUACCGAUUCCUCCCUGCCUGGUGUAUCUGUUUCGCUGGAGAAUCGGUUCGAACUGGCAGCCGACACUGCUGGGGUCUCCCACGGCGGUGGAAGCCACGCCAACCGCGACAGCCACCCCGAACCUCGCAUUGAGCAGCUCACGGCCCAGGCCCUCUCGCGUCAUGAUCAGCGGAAGGAUGUUAAGAGGGGACGUUAUCUCAACAGUGACCGGGCCCAGAAGAACCUUCCUCCAACUGCAGACGUGGCCUUACACGGUGGUGCGCCCCGCAGCACAUCAGCGAACGGGUGGCAGCGCCAGCAGCUGCCUUGGAAACACGUGAGUCGGAGCACAUCGGUAGCCGCGACGGAUGGGAGUAAAUCGCUACCCACGGCAACCCAAGCUGACAUGCUUUCGGAGCAAGGUGUAGAGGCGAGGUCGUUGAGUACGAGGGAGAGUCAUGUAGGCCUUACGGGGAAAGCAAAGAGUAUGAGCACAUCCCCGUACAGUUUCCGCACCCGCUCGGGAAGUGAGGUAUCCAAGCCGAAAUCGAUAUACCACCAGGAUCCACAUCCCGAGCAUCCUACAGUUGCUGUAGCUGCAGCUUCUUCACCAGCGCAACCAGAGAUCAUCACCAGAGAUCUUACAGACGUUCCUUUUUCCGCACCCGCGGUUACGGUGCAGCAGGUAAUGCGCACGAGGGGCGACUGUGAUGAUAAACUGGAAGCGUGUAAGACUGACGGUGCCGGAGCAAGCCCAAUGAAACCCUCUGGUUUGACAGAGCCACAAACCUUUACACCGUCUUCUUGUAGAGAGCUGGACCUUUCCCCUAUCGCCACACGACCAGACAUCGAUGGCUGCUCACCGGAAGGGAGAGUAGUGACGGCGAUGAUUGAGGAAUCUGCGAAGGCCGACGGCUCGGUGUUUCAUAAUAAAAUGGAGGGCUUGGAGCCCAGGACUGAGCGCCUGCCGUACUUUCUACUUAGGGAGCUGGAGGAACAAGUGGGUACGAUCCUCCAAAAUCUCUACCACACCCCAUGGAAGCCGCGGCUGUGGAUGCUCCUUUACUCAUACCUUAAACAGCUUCCGAUGUCUGCUAUUAUGCACCUUGCACAAUGCGAGACGAUAACCAGCGUGGUCCAUCGGCUCGAGCGUGGUGCGACUCCAAAGGUGGUUGGUGGUAACGUUGAGAAGGAGGGCGCUGACAGCGACAGUGCCUUGCUAGCUGAGGUUCGUCAAGAAACAUGUGCGAUGCUGCGAGCUCCUAUUCUUGGGACGCCUAAACGUAGUUCAGAAGUUCAUUUUGAGUGGAAGGACAAGAAAAUCAUACGAUGCAGGGGUGAUUCUCUUCCUAAGAGACCUGCGGUGUGUCACAGCAUAAACGCGUCGACAACACAUCCCUCUUUUCACGACUCUCUCUUGGUAUUUUCAGAGGCUGAGACUAACGAGGCGUUAGCUUCUAUGGCCACAGAUGCGGACAGCGUCAUGACUGUGCUGCGUCACUUCCGGUUCCUAUUCACGGAAGCUGCGGAGAUGCAAGUUCAGACCUCAGAGACAACAUCUAAGGCAGUGGGUGUUGAAAAGGAGGUACAAGAUGCCGCAUGCCAAACAGUUCCAGAUGAGGUCUCUGGGCUUCACACGACAGAUGGUGUAGAGCCGAUUUCUAAAUACGACCUCCGCACGCCUCUUUGUGGUGUUACCAUGAAGCCCACCCUAGUCACGAGCGAAGCCACACCUCAUGUCAUUAAAAAGCUCACCUGCCUUAUGUCGGAUGACGCGUUCCAGAAGCUUCAGCGUGAUCCGCAGUACGCGGUGGUGGCGCGUGAGUUUAUGGACCUAGCUCUAGAAGUGCAUCGACAGCUGAACUGCUCAAGUUGCUUAGAAAUGGAUGCACCCAAGACACCUGAACGGGUGCGGCGUCAACCCGCGACACUUAAAAAGUCUAGUAAAUCCUCUCGAGAGGAGGAUAAGAGCACUUUGCACCGACCAAAUCAUGAAGGGGACUCCAAGAAUUGUCCGGACCAUUCUAACUCAGACGAUAAGCAAGCUCGUUUCAACGCUGAGACUCAGUUCGAGUCGGUGUCGAUCAAACCCCACCUACACGCACCGAUAGAUAAGGUGGUAGGAAGUCCCUUUAAGACGGCGAAGCAGAUGACGCCUACGAAGCCCAGCCUGAGUGCACUGCGCAGGGGCUUGACAUCACACUCUCCAUCACAACUCGUCUCUGCAGGACGCUGA